AUGGACCCCGAGACGCGACAGCGCAUUGUGACAUUACGCAAUAUCCAGGGAGAUCUGGCGGUUCUGUUCGGCGACUACAGAAACGGCGUAAAACGAUUAUACCCUGAUGUGGUACUCCAAAGAAUUGCGGCAGAGAUGAGGGGCGAAGGAGCAACUUUCGCCGAAAAGAACCGCCCGGUACGCAGAGGAUGGCCUUGGAACGGACUUCCCAGCCAGUCCAAUCUCCAGAUGGUUCGCCUGCAGGCCCAGAACUGGAAGAGAUUUUGGCGUCAGAGGUUUCUGCCAGAACAGCUGGAUGACGACAUACCAGCACAGCUCGGAGCUGGACGCGUCCGCCGGUUGCUUCGUAGCAAGGGUAUCAAUGCCCGUCUGGUGAAAGUUCUCGGUAGUGGCGGCCAAGGGAUGGUGAGCCUUUGGGAAAUCAACACCAUGAGGGGAUGGAAAAGGGUUGUAAUCAAGUCAACUGCGCUGGAGGGGGCUGUCUUGCAGCGAGAGAAGGCGACAACACUGGCCAUGAAGCGAGCGAGGCACCUUGUUCAGCUCCUGCGUUUCAAUGGAGACAUCAUGAUCCCCAAGGGCGACGGUUCGGACGAAACGGAGAGCAUCGCGCAGUGGGAAGAGGCUGAUAAUUCGUUGGAAAUCAUGUGUAUCGAAUACAUGAAGAAUGGGGAUAUGCUUGGCUUCAUGACACGAGUUGGUUCGGCUGGAAUCCCCGUCCCAAACAGAGUCCUUUGGAAGAUCUUCAUUUGCCGUAAGUGGGUCGAACCACCAGGGACAGAAGGCCAGGAAGGUCUGAUGCCAGGAGUCACGGAGGAGGCCCAGAGGCUACUCGCCUAUAAUCUAGUCCACUUCGAUCUCGAUCCCCAAAACGUGAUGAUUGGGGACUUUGACAACGACGAGCAUGCUGAAGUCCCAAUAUUCAAGUGCAUGCAUAUGCUAAUCACUCAGGCUUCAUGGCCCAACCCCCCCAAGGCAGUUGGUCCCCUGAACGACGAUGUUGCGAUGGCCGAUCUGUUCCCGACACAUUUUGUGUUCCGGGUCACUGAUUUUGACGGCAACUUAGUGAACCCUUUCCACACUUAUGGAGCCUGGCUCGCGAAUCCCAGCGUGGUCGAAUCGGAGAGGCCCCUCGACAACAAUCUUGCGAGCAUAUUAGUUCGCUGCCUUGCAGCCGAUCCAGCGGACCGACCGUCUCUGCGAGAGCUCCUAAGAUGGGCCCGCUGGAGGGAAACACAGCCAGACUGGAGAGUGGGACAAGAUGAGAUCCGAGCCUGGGUGGAUGAGCAUAUCAGUCAGCCACCAGCUGCCCCUGUUCGAGCUCCUGCAAGCCUGCAGACCGGCCUCGCUGCCAUCGGACCUGAUGUCAUGGAUCGCCUCACCGAGGCGGCAGGAAUGUUGCGCAUCAGCGGCAUGGCGACGGUGGCAGACAAAGCAGAACGACUGGCACCGCGUCGCGUUGCACCAGUAGAUGACCUGAGGCAGAUAUACCAGGACCAAGAAGGCAGCGACCGCCCUCCGGGAAUUAAACAAGCACCCUUUGGCUGGAUGGCCACUAUGGUACAGAGCCGCUUAGCACAGUUACAGAACCUCCUGAAUAUCGGAAGGCUACCGUCCACAGCAAAUCAGACACCAACAAGGCCCCUCCGUCGCCGCGACGGGGUAGAUGAUCUGAGAGCAGGUUUUCGCCAAGGAUCGCUGCGUCGCCGUGAAAGGACAGACGACCUAAGAGCGGCUUUCCUCCAAGGUGAUGGGUCACACAUGCCGCCACCUCAGAGGCCCGAAUAUCAAAACAACCAGGUGCAACCACCUCCUGGGGUCCUGCGUCGGAACAGGCCAGGGAGGGAUUUGAGAGUACGAUUUGCUGAUCAAGUAGGCCCACCGCCAGGGCGACGGUUGCGUCGAAGGCCGCGGUUCAAUAAUUUAAUAGGGAGUUAUCAAGCCGACCCAGAUGAUGAUUUAGCACUAUAG